AUGGUCUUCGUAGUCACUGCAUCCAUUCGCGCCAAAGACCUGGCAGCUGCCGAGAAGGUGAAAGAGCUCCUUAGGACUGCCUCCACGGAGUACGAAAAAGACGACGAAACGAUUGCAUGGCACGUCAUGCAACAUACCAAAGAUACGCUUAAGUUCUUAAUUGUGGAGAGGUAUAAGAAUGGAAAGUCGGCGUUGAAGCAACACACGAGCAACCCGUUCUUCAAAGUCUUUCGCGAGGUAUUGCCGCCGCUCAUCGAUGGAGAUGUUCCACUGGAAUACUUCCACGAGUUUUCGAAGUUGUAA